AUGUGGGCGGGGGAAGCGCAGGCCACGCCCAUCCGGGCCCGCCGUGGCCAGGCCUCUACUGGGCGGUUGCUCACCGACCCGGAAGUCGCUGGCUCUGAAAGGAGAUUCACAUUGGAUGAGGAAGAAGCCCUGGUCAAGAGGAAGGGGAGAGAAAAGGAAUUGAGAACGGCUCUUACUCAGGGAUGCUUGACAUUCAGAGAUGUGGCCAUAGAGUUCUCUCAGGAGGAGUGGCAGUGCCUGGACCCUGCUCAGAGGGCUUUGUACAGGGCCGUGAUGUUGGAGAACUACAGGAACCUGGUCUCCCUGGGACUCUUGCUUCCUGACCUGACUGUUCUCUCCAUGUUGAAGGAAGGGAAAGAGCCCUGGACUGUGGAGACUAAAGUGAAAACACCAAGAAAUUCAAAUAAGGGGGAAUGGAUCAGAGGUGUGCACUCAGGGAGGAGCCAUGUAUUGGGAAAUGAUGAAGGAAAGAAAUGUAUUAAAAAUCAACUUGGAUUAAGCUUUCACUCUCGUCUGACCCCAAUGCAGUUACUUCAUGCUCAUGGGAAAAUUGAUGAAUGUAAUGAAGUUGAAAACUCUCUCAACCAUAUUACCUCAUUUUCUCCUCAUGAAAACAUUCCUUCUAAGCUCAAAGCCCACAUAUUUAAUACAAAUAAGAAUGAUUUAGUCAGCUCUCCAAAACUCACACCAGAACUGAACACACACAUUAGGGAAGAACCUUAUAGAUAUAGUGAGCAAGGCAGAGCCUUCAGUGUGUCUUCAAGCCUUCAUCACCCGGGGGUAAUCUACACUGGAACGAAACUUUUCAAAUGUAAAGAAUGUGGCAAGGCCUUCAGGUACCAUUCCUUGUUUGUACAACACUGGAGAAUCCAUACUGGGGAGAAGCCUUACAGAUGUAUCAAGUGUGACAAACUCUUCAGGCAAAAUGUUCACCUGUUGCAACAUCAGAGAAUUCACACUGGAGAGAAACCUUACAAGUGUAAUGAAUGUGGCAAGGCCUUCAGACAUAAGAUAUCUCUGACAGUUCAUCAGAAAACACAUAUUGGAGAGAAAUGUUACAAACAUAGUGAGUGUGAUGAAGUCUUCCAUCCAAACUCAAACCUUGAAGAACAUCACAGAAACCAUUUAGGAGAGAAACCUUACAAAUGUCCUGAAUGUGGUAAGAUCUUCAGUAAGAAUUCAACCUUUGUACGACAUCAGCUUAUUCAUACUGGAGAGAGGCCUUACAAAUGCAUUGUGUGUGGCAAAUCCUUCUCUCAAAAAUCAAGCCUUAAAAAUCAUCACACUGUCCAUUCUGGGGAGAAACCUUUCAAAUGUAAUGAAUGUGGCAAGACCUUCAGACAAAAGAUAUCUCUUACACGUCAUCUUCGAACUCAUACUGGAGAGAAACCUUAUAAAUGUAAUGAGUGUGGCAAGGUCUUUUCUCAAAAGUCAAACCUUACAACUCAUCAGGGAAUCCACACUGGAGAGAAACCUUACAAAUGUAAUGAAUGUGACAAGGCCUUCAGACGGAAGAUAGCUCUUAGAGUCCAUCAUAAAACACAUACCGGAGAGAAACCUUAUAAAUGCAAUGAAUGUGACAAGGCCUUUUGUAAAAAAUCACACCUUAAAAGGCAUCACAUAAUCCAUACAGGAGAGAAACCUUACAAAUGUGAUGAGUGUGGUAAAGCCUUCUGUGACAAAUCAAACCUUAAAGCUCAUCACAGGAUCCAUAUGCGAGAGAAACCUUACAAAUGUAAUGAGUGUGGCAAGGUCUUUAGUCACAUUUCUUGUAAGUCAUCCCUCACACAACAUCGGAGCAUUCACACUCAAGAGAAACCCUGCAAAUGUGAUGAAUGUGGCAAGGUCUUUGGUUGUAAUUCAUACCUUAGACAACAUCAGCAUAUUUGUUCUGGGGAGAAACCAUACAAAUGUGAUGCAUGUGGCAAGGCCUUUAUUUAUAAUUCAAACCGUGUAAAACAUGCCAGUGUUCAUAGUGGAGAGAAACCAUACCAAUGUAAUGAAUGUGGCAAGGCCUUCCUUUACAAUUCAUGCCUCAUAUAA